GAGGGUGCGGGAGUUGAAAGCCGACAGAGCCGGGAGUGGGAAGGGAAAAGGAGACGCCAGGGAAGCCCCUGGAGUGAUGAGGAGAGAAGAGAGCUGGGGUCACCCAUAGAAGCGAGACAGAGAGGGACCGGGCCCCCUACCCCAGCCUUCUCCUAACCAACCCGAGUAAACACAGACGCCCGGCCAAGCCAGCGCAGCUGCUGGACACGGCCCUCCGCGCCGCUCCAACCAGACCGCGACCGCUAAGCCCCUCCUUUCGAAGAACUCUGGGGCCGCCCCUGGAAGUGGCGGGGCGGAGGGACCGGAGGAGCGACGCGCCGCAGCGAUGCAGCUGAGCGGCCCGGGCCGGGAGGCCGGCAUGGAGGGCGCGGCGGGUGACCCGUACCGGCGACCCGCGCGGCGCACCCAGUGGCUGCUGAGCGCCCUGGCGCACCACUACGGGCUGGACCGCGGCGUGGAGAACGAGAUCGUGGUGCUGGCCACCGGCAUGGACCAGUACCUGCAAGAGGUCUUCCACCACCUGGACUGCCGCGGCGCCGGCCGCCUGCCCCGCGCUGACUUCCGCGCUCUCUGCGCCGUGCUGGGGCUGCGCGCCGAGGGGGCCGCCGCCGGGGAGGCCUCCGGGGAUGCGGCCGCCCGAGACACGAACCCGGGGGAUGCGACCGCUGGCGACACGGCCGCUGGGGUGGCCACCGACGGGGACGCGGAUGCCGAAGAGGAGGCGCGCCUGGCGCUGCGCGCGGAGCCGCCCGAGCUCACCUUCCGCCAGUUCCACGCGCGCCUCUGCGGCUACUUCGGCACCCGCGCAGGGCCCCGGCUGCCCCGCGGCGCUCUAAGCGAGCACAUCGAGACGCAGAUCCGCCUGCGCCGCCCGCGCCGCCGCCGCCGGCCGCCCCGCACGCCCGCCCCGGACGGCGGCUCCGACGGCGGCCGGGACGGCGAGCGCCUGGCGCGGUUGGAGGAGGAGAACAGCAGCCUGCGCGAGCUGGUGGAGGACCUGCGUGCCGCGCUGCAGAGCAGUGACGCGCGCUGUCUAGCGCUGCAGGUCGGCCUCUGGAAGAGCCAGGCGGGCGCGCAGGAGGCGGGGCGCGGCGGGCCCGAGGCGGCGGCGCGGGAGCUGCGGCAGGCGCGGGGCGCUCUGGCGGCGGCCGAGGCCCGCGCGGGGCGGCUGCGCCAGGGCCAGGCCGAGGUGCGGCGGCGCGCCGAGGAGGCCCGGGAGGCGGUGCUGCGCAGCCUGGGCCGCGUGCGCGAGCUCGAGGCGCUGGCGCGACAGGUGCCCGGCCUGCAGCGCUGGGUGCGGCGGCUGGAGGGCGAGCUGCGGCGCUACAGGUCAGAGGGCACCCAGACCCCAAUCUCGUCACAAGCCAGCCCAGAGCCAGAAGCCAAGAGUGGUGACCCUGCGGACAGUGGGACCAGAAGCCCAGACAGCCCUCCAGAGGGAGCCUGGCAGUCAGACAGCGGUUCCAGGAGCGGACCCCUGGACGAAGCAGUGGACGGGCAGCUGUUCCGCUCAGUGGAGGGCCAGGCCGCCUCCGACGAAGAAGAGGAGGGUGAAGAGAAGUGGCAGGAAGAGCAGAGGUCACUGGCAGAGGUCAAGACGUUGCUGAUGCGCCUCUCCAGCUGCAGAAGUGGGUGUGAUGACCAGACAGCCAAGAAGCUCAUGACUUACUUCGGCCACUUUGGCAGUGGUGACCAUGCCUGCACCCUGGGACAGCUGGAGGCCCGCAUCGCCAUGCUGGUGGAGCAGCUGGGGACCCAGGGCUGCCGUGGGAAGGCCCUGGGGACACCUGGGGAGGAGGCAGAGCUACAGCAGAAGGUGGAAGAGAAUGAGCACCUGAGGCUGGAGCUGCAGAUGGUGGAGACAGAGAGGGUGCGGCUGUCCCUGCUGGAGGAGAAGCUGGUAGACGUGCUGCAGCUCCUGCAGAGGCUCCGGGACCUGAACAUAUCGAAAAGAGCCCUGGGGAAGAUUUUGCUGAACACACUGGAUGCUUGCAAGGACCCCACACACGAGGGGAUAUCUGGACCCUCGGCCAUCUUGGAUGCCCUGCACCAAGCUUUGGCUGGCUGUGAACUCCUGCGGAGAGAGCUCUCAGCACCAGCCUCCACAGCUCCUGCACUCACCAACCCCCUCCUCAUCUCCUGCUGAGGUCACUGGCCCAGCCUAUGGGCACCUUGGUCAGCCUGACUUCCAUCAGACUAACCUCCAGAUUAGCCUGACCACCACCAGACCAGGUUCCAUAACCAGCCUGACCACCAUCGGGUGAGCUUCCAUGGCUAGCCCAACCACCAUCACAUCCUUAGAACCCUGGAGACGCUGACUCCUUCUGAGACUGGGCUCAACCCCAGAGCCUCCCACAACAGAGCCUGGCAGACAUCCUUUCCUUGAGUUCCUCCCAGCAGCCCCUGCAUUCCUGCUGCCACAGUUCACAUUCAAGCCCUGGGGCUGCUGGAUCAGCCCAUACCUGCUGUUGCCUCCCCUGCCCACUUUCUCACACAGCCCAGCCCAGAAUCCCUUCCCUGGUCUCCUGGGGUCUUUUCCCCUCCCAGCACUGUCCCCUUCCUCUCACUGCUGUGCCCAACCUCCAGGCCACACCUGGCCCACUGGGGAAUUCCCACACCCCCAGAAGUGUUGAAGACCAGGCAGGGCUGGGGGAACACAAGGCGGGGGUGGUUACUGCAAGCUUCUGGAUGGAAGCUGUCCUUCAACUAGCUCUAGAAGAGUGGUAGGAUUUAGACAAACAGAGAGGAGGGAAGGGCAUUUAAUGUGAGGAAACAGCAAGAGCAAAGUGUGAUGCCAGAAAGGGCCCCCAUUAGUACAGUACCUGGGACACCUCUUUCCCAAGCAUAUAGUGGGUACUGGAUUUCAUGGGGUCACAGGAAGGAGUAAGAUAAGCUGCCUGGUCUCACCUACCUUAACAUCUCGUAGGAGAGAAAGAUACACUGACAAAUAGUGUGACAUGGGUGAAAUCAGUGCCCAAUCAAGGUAAAAUAUUUGCAAGAGUCCAUCCAAGAGGAGUUCAUCUGAGCCAAGGAGUACGGAUGCACCACAGAGGGGAACUGAAGGGAUGAGGGCAGGUGCCUGGAGGGACAGUAGCAGGUCAUGGGGGGACUCGAUGGCAGACGAGGAUCUGGGACUUGCUCCCAUAGGCAGUCGAGAGCCAUUGGAGGAUUCUGAGCUGCCUCAUGGAGGGUAGAUGGAGGGGAGUGAAGAAGAGGCAGCUGCAGGACUGUGGGAGGAAGGGGGCACUAGGAGCCUGGAACCAGAGCUAGGGGGACACAGAAGGGGAUCAUGGGAGAAGGAGGAUCAAGGGGUACCCAGUGGGGAGUUUGGGAGCAGUGGGCACUCUGGGGCAGGGCAGCAGGGACUGGGGACAGACAAUGCCUGACUGGCAUUCCUGACUUGUCUGGCCUCAGACACUCAGCAGCUUGGAUGGGGGCGGGAGGCAUCAGGGAGCCACUGCAUGCUCCUGAGCAGAGUGACACAGGCCCCCAGUCUCCCUAUGGUUCCUCUGGGAAUGGAAUGAAAGAGACCAAGGCCAGUGGCCAUUCCAGAGGGGCCACGCUACCCUUGGUCCUGUCAGAUGGGCCAGGCUUUUUUCAGAAGGUCCCAGGACUCCUCAUGGGCCAGUGGACAGGGCUGGGCACUGAGGAGGCUGGUCUGAGCAGAGAGGGCUGUCCCAGCUUGCUCCUCGCAGCUCAGCCUGAGCCCACCAGGCCCUCCUCCUCUGGCUGUGCUGCUAAUGACUGCAUGACCCAGGUGAGGCCCACCUGUGCCCCUGCCCAGUAAGAAGGGUCAGCUGUUCCAUAUCCUGACCAUGGUGUCAGUCACGGGAAUCUACACAUGUGUUAAGAUUCAUAGAGGGGUGCCUGGGUGGCUCAGUCGGUUAAACGACUGCCUUUGGCUCAGGUUGUAAUCCCAGGGUCCUGGGAUCAAGCCCUGCAUCAGGACUCCCAGCUCAGUGGGGAGUCUUCUUCUCCCUCUCCCUCUAUGCUCUCUCUCUCACUCACUCUCGCUCAAAUAAGUUUAAAAAAAAAAAAAGAUUCAUAGACCUUUGGGGCACCUGGGUGGCUCAAUUGGUUGAGCAUCUGACUCUUGAAUUCGGCUCAGGUCAUGAUUUCAGGAUUGUGGGAUGGAGCCCCACAUAGGGCUCCACACUCAGCGGGGAGUCUGCUUGAGAUUCUCUCUCCCUCUGCCCCUCUCCACCUGCUCUCUCUCGCUCUCUCUCACUCAAAAAAAAUAAAUUUUUAAAAAAAUUUUUAAUGAAAAUAGAAAAAGAUUCAAAAACCUGGAGGCUCCCCUCAAAAAAAGCCAACUUCACUGUAUGUUAAUAAAAAAUAAGAGGGACCAGAAGAGAUAUUCCUGGAGCCCCUCCAGCUCUAGGCACCUGGAAUCUUCAGACAGGCAAAGAGGGCUCCUGUAGGUUACAACUACACUAAGCUUCAUCCUCAAGAUUUCCCUAACUAAAAUCUUUUCUUAGCAACUGUCAACCAUCAGUGGUUCAUCACCAUGCUUGUAGGCCCCUCAUCUCAUUGGAAGCAAGUUGAGGUGGAUUAGGAUAUGGAAAUACCCAGCAUCACACAGCAAAUCAGCAUCCAAGCCUGGAGAGGGGCCUGUUUUCUGCCUACAUCUCUUGCAGUUUUCUACCACAGCCAGCUGUCUCUGGCUAGGAAGCUCUGGGCUCGCUAAGGGUUUGGGGUCUGGACUAGUUAUGGUACAAGCUAAACUGCCUUGAUAAAGAGACCCCAAAAUACUCUGGGUCAAAUAAGAUAUAACUUAAUGUCCCUGCUGUAGAGUUCAGAGGUGAAUGGUCCUGGUUGGCAGAGCGGCUCUGCUCUAUGUGGUCACCCAGGGAUCCAGGGAUCCAUUCCACUUUGUUGCUUUGGCAUUCCCUGGAGUCAUAUCCUCCCUUGCACAGUGGAAGCCAAUUCAUCAGCACUGCAUCUGCCUUCCAACCCACAGGAAGGAGGAGAGGGAAAGGGAAGGAAAGGCACUCUGGCUCACAAGGCUUCUACUCACAACCCAUUGGCCAUGCCUAGCUGCAAGGGAGGCUGGGAGAUGUAGUCUGUGGCUGAGCAACAAUGUGCCCAGUUUCCAGUCCAGCAUGUAAGGAGCUUGGAAGUCACCAGUGCAUCCAAUGACAAGUAAAAAGGUGAACAAGCUGAAAAUUCAACAACUCCUCUUAGAUCCACAAGGGAAGUGAGGUUGCAGGACAAACGGCCCUCCCCAAAAUUGGAAAGACAGACUGGUGAAUGCAGAGAAUCACAACUUGCCAAAGAAGAACCCACCUUCUUGGGAAACAGUACCAGAAUAGGACAAGCUGAACUGUAAUCAACAAAUUGGUGGAGGCUCAGUGUGGACAAGUAUAUAGAGUUAAAAACCCUAGGGGGACCCAGUCAUGGGGGGGUGGGGUCCCACACCUUUGUGAAUUUUACCUUCUAAAGCUCUACAAGGUCCUCACAGUGAAAAUCAGAGAAAAAAAACCCUCAUGCUUCUCACAGUGGGAAGGGAAGUAACCAUUUUGAAAUAUGCCAGAAUAUUCUGUUUUCCUUAACAAGGCCUGCCCUUAAGAGAAACUGUUUUACCAAAGCCUAACCUAUUGGGGUUUUAUCAGAGUCUAUACUAAUUUCAGAUAGAGCAGACUUCAGAGCAAGGAAAAUUUUUGAGGGACAAAGAGAGGCACUACAUGAUAAAAGGUCAAUUAUUGAGGAAGAUAUAACAAUCCUUAAUGUGUAUGCACCUAACAACAGUGUCAAAAUAUAUAAGGCAAAAACCAGCAGAACUGUGAGUUGAAAUAGAUGAAUCCACUAUUAUAUUUGGAGACUUCAACUCCCCUCUAACAGAAAUAGACAGAUCCAGCAGGAAGAAAAUCAGUAAGAACAUAGGUGAACUCAGCAGUACCAUCAACCAAAUGGAUUGAAUUAGCAUCUAUAGACGACUUCAUCUAGCAACUGCAGAACGUACAUUUUUUUUCAAGCUCACAUGGAAUAUUCACCAAGAUAGACCACAUUCUGCGUCAUAAAACAUACCCUCACAAAUUUCAACAUAUUCUAUAUGCUCUCAGACCAAAAUAGAAUUAAACUAGAAAUCAAUCAACAGAAAUAGGUGGAAAAUCCCAGAAUAUGUGGAAGUUAAACAACACACUCCUAAAUAACACAUAGGUGAAAGAAUAAAUCUCAAGGGAGACUUAAAAAUACUUUGAACUAAAUGAAAAUGAAAUACAAUCUAUCAAAAUUUGUGGGAUGCAGUGGUUAAAGGGAAGUUUAUAGCAUCAGAUGCAUAUAUUAGAAAAGCAGAUCUAAAAUCAAAAAUCUAAGCUUCCACCUUAGGAAACUAGAAAAAGAAGAGCAAAUUAAAUACAAAGUAAGCAGAAGAAAAGAAAUAAUUUUAAAAAAUUAGGGCAGAAGUGAAUGAAAUUGGAAAUAGAAAAACAGUAGAGAAAAACAAUGAAACUAAAAGCUGAUUCUUUGAAAAGAUCAAUAGACUCAAUAAGCCUCUCAUCAGGCUAAUUGAGAAAAAGAGGGAGAAGACACACAUUGCUAAUAACAGAAAUGAAUGAGGAGAUAUCACUAUAAAUGAACAUUAUAUGGAUAAUAAGUGAAUAUUAUUACUAACUCUAAGCCCUCAAAUCUGAUAAUCUAGAUGAAAUGGAUCAAUUCCUUGAAUGACACAAUCUGCCAAAACUCGCACAAAAAGAAAUAUGAAUAGGACUGCAUCUAUUAAAGAAACUAUAUCAAUAAUCAAUAACCUUCCCAAAGCGAAAGCACCAGGCCCAGAUAGGUUCACUGGUUAAUUCUAUCAAACAUUUAAGGAAGAAAUUCUUCCAAUUUUCUAUAAUCUCUUCCAGAAGAUAGAAGCAGAGGGAAUACUCCCUAACUCAUUCUGAGGCCAGCAUUACCCAAAUGCCAAAACUAGACAAAGAUAUUAUAAAAACAGAAAAUUAUGGAGCUAUGUCUAUCAUGAGCACAGAUGCAAAAUUAAAAAUUAACAAAUUGUAUCCAACCGUGUAUAAAAAGAAUUACCAAGUGGGAUUUAUCCCAGGUAUGCAAGGCUAGCUCAACAUUCAAACAUUAACUAAUGUAAUCCACCACAUCCACAGGCUAAAGAAGAAAAAUCACAUGAUUUUAUCAAUAAAUGCAGAAAAAACAUUUGACAAAAUCCAACACCUAUCCAUGAUAAAACAAUAAUAAUAACCGUCCGCAAACUAGGCAUAGGGAACCUCCUCAACUUGAUAAAGAACAUCUACAGAAAACCUAGAGUCAACAUCACACUUAAUGGAGAGAAACUAGAUACUUUCCCACUAAGAUCAGGAACAAGGCAAGGACGUCCCCCUCCCCAUUCCUUUUCAUCAUCUUGUUGGAAGUCCUAGCCAAGGCAAAAAACAAGAAAAGGAAAUACAAGAUGCUAUGGACUGAAUACCUGUAUCCCCUCAAAGCUCAUAUGUUGAAACCCUGAUCCCCAGUAGGAUGGUAUCUGGAGCUGAGGCCUUUGGGGGGGAAUUUGGUCAUGAGGGUGAAGCUCUCAUGAUAAUUAGUCCCCUUAGACAUGAGACUGCUUGCUUCCCCUCUCUCUCGGACUCUGCCAGCCGAGGAUACAAGACAGUAGUCAUCUGUAAACCAGGAAGAGGGCCCCCACCAAGAUCCCAACCACACUGGCAAGCUGAUCCAGAACUGUGAGUAAUAAAUGUAUGUUGCUUAAGCCCCCCCAGUCCAUGGUGUUUUGUUACAGCAGCCCAAACUGACUAAGUCAAAAAGUACACAGAAUGGGAAGGAAGAAAUACAACAGUCUUUGUGCACAGAUGACAUGAUUAUCUAAGUAGAAAUCCAAAAGAAUCAACAACAACAACAACAACAACAAAACCUAGAAUAAGCAAUUAUAGCAAGAUUGCAAGACACAAGAUUACUAUACAAAAGUCAAUUGCUUUCCUAUAUACCAGCAAUAAACGAGUAGAAUUUGACAUAAAAAAAAACUCCACACCAUUUACAUUAGCACCCCCCCAAAAUGAAAUGCUUAGAUAUGAAUCUAACAAAAUAUGUGCAGAAUCUAUAUGAAGAAAAUUACAAAACUCUGAUAAAAGAAAUCAAAGAACUAAAUAAAUGGAGGCAUAUUCCACCUUCACGGACAGGAAGACUCAAUAUUAUCAAGAUGUCAGUGCUUCCAACUGAUCUCUCCAUUCAGUGCAGCCCCAAUCCAAGUCCCAGCAAGUUAUUCUGUGGAAACUGACAAACCAAUUCUAAAGUUUAUAUGGGGAGGCAAAAAACCCAGAAUAGCUAACAUAUUAAAGAGAACAACAAAGUUGGAGGACUGACAUUACCCAACUUCAAGACUUACCAUAAAGCUACAGUAAUCAAGACGUGUGGUGCUGGCAAAUACAUUAGUGGAACAGAAUAGAGAGCCCAGAAAUAGACCCACACAAAUACAGUCAACUGAUCUCAGACAAAGGAGCAGAAGCAAUACAAGACAAAGAUAGACUUUUCAAUAAAUGGUGUUGGGCAAAUGGACAUCCACAUGCAAAAAAAAAGACUUUAGACACAAACCUUACACCCUUCACAAAAAUUAACCCUUCACGGGAUGCCUGGGUGGCUCAGACGGUUAAGCAUCUGCCUUCGGCUCAGGUCACGAUCCCAGGGUCCUGGGAUCGAGUCCCGCAUCGGGCUCCCUGCUAGGCGGGGAGCCUGCUUCUCCCUCUGCCGCUGCCUCUCUCUAUCUCUCUCUCUGACUCUCAUGAAUAAAUAAAUUAAAAAAAAAAUUAACCCUUCAUGAAAAUUAAAGUGAGUCAUAAACCUAAAUAUAAAAUGCAAACCUACAAAAUUCCUGAAAUAUAACACAAGAGAAAAUCUAGACGAACUUGAGUAUCUUAUGACCUUUUAAAAUACACGAAAGGCAUGAUCCAUCCAAGAAGUAACGAUACCCUGGAACUUGUUAAAAUUAAAAUGUCCUGCUCUGAGAAAGAUGCUGUCAAGAGAACGAGAAGAGAAGCCACAGACUGGGAGAAAAUAUUUGCCAAAGGCACAUCUGAUAAAGGACCGUUAUCCAGAAGACACAAAGAGCUCUUAAAACUCAAUAAUAAGAGAGUUAACCUGAUUUUUUUCCAAUGGGGAAAGGCCUCAAACAGACAACUCACCAAAGAAGAUAACAGAGAUGGCAGAUGCAUGUAUGAAAAGAUGCUCCCCAUCAGAUGUCACUGGGGAAAUGCCAAUUAACACAAGGAGAACCCGCCCCACACCUAUUAGAAUGGCCAAAAUCAGAAAGGCUGACAGCACCAAAUGCUGGUGAGGAUAUGGAGCAAUAGGAACUCUUGCUCUUCGCUGACGGGAAUGCCCCUCCGCUGGCUGGGAAUACCACACAUGGUGCGGCCACUUUGGAAGACAGUGUGGCAGUUUCUUUCUUUCUUUUUUUUUUUAAGAUUUUAUUUAUUUAUUUGAGAUAGAGAGAAUGAGAGACAGAGAGCAUGAGAGGGAGGAGGGUCAGAGGGAGAAGCAGACUCCCUGCCGAGCAGGGAGCCCUAUGCGGGACUCGAUCCCGGGACUCCAGGAUCAUGGCCUGAGCCGAAGGCAGUCGCUUAACCAACUGAGCCACCCAGGCACCCAGUGUGGCAGUUUCUUAAAAGCUAAACAUACUCUCACCACACAAUCCAGCAAUCCUUGGUAUGUACUCCAAACGAGUUGAAAUGUACAUCCCUACAAAAGCUCACACGUGGACGUUUAUGGCAGCUUUACUCAUAGUUGCCAAAACUUGGAAGCAGUCAAGACGUCCUUCAGUGGGGGAAUGGAUACAUAAACUGUGGCACAUCCAGACAGCGGAAUAUUAGCACUAAAAAGAAAUGAGCUACCAAGCCACAAAAAGACAUGGAGGAAACAUCAACGUGUAUUACGAAGUGAAAGAAGCCCGUCUGAAAAGACUAUAUACUGUAUGAGUCCAGCUAUAUCACUUUCUAGAAAAGGCAAAACUAUGGAGUAAAAAGAUCAGAGGUUGCCAGAGGUUGGGGCUGUGGGGAAGGAUGAUAGGGUGGAGCGCAGAGGAAUUUAGGACAGAGAAACUAUCCGUAUGAGACCCCAACAACAGGUAUAUUUGCCGAAACCCAUAGAACAUACACCCCAACAGCAGGCCUUAUUGUAAACUGUGGACUUUGGAAGGUGAUGAUGUGUCCAUGUAGGUUCAUGAGUUAGAAUAAAUGCACCACCCAGGUUUGGGAUGUUGAUAGUGGGGGAGACUGUGCAUAUGAGCGGGGACAGGGAGUAUAGGAGAACUCUAUACUUUCUGCUCAAUUUUGCUGUGAAUCUAACUCCUCUUAAAAAAACUAAAUCCAUUGAAAAAGAAAAAAAGGGAGAAUGGGCACAGAAGCUCUCUCAGCUGUGUUUGCAGUCAGACCUGGUGUCGGGUGCUUCCUGGCCCCUCAGCCUUGCUGACUUGCCCCUCAGUGGCCUUCCUUUUGCCCGGUGGGGAGAGCCUGGGACUUCCUCAACUUCAAGACCUUGAACUUGGGUGUGACCUAAGCAUCUGCCCGAUGCUCUGCUCUGGCCCAAGGUUGGCCUGCUGUUCCCAGCCCAGUGGAACCUGGCCCACUACCUCAGGGUGAGAUGUCCUGACAAUCACAGGACUUCCCUGGCGAAAGGCCCAGGUCAGGGACCAAAGGCAGCAUCAACAUCUGUGACCAACAGAAGCCAGGUAGGGCCAGGGUGGGCGGGGUUCCCUCUCACCUCCACCUCUGAUGAGGGCCCUUGUCACAGCCAUGCAGCUCAAUAGCAGAGUGCAGAUUCAGGCCCCAGCAUGUCCCCAUGAGAAGCAGGCAGGACCUGUACGGAGCACCAAGGCCUGAGGUCACUGACAGAAAACAGGGUCAGAGGGUAUAAUCUCACAAAAAGAUGGGGCACACCUUGGCUGAGCUGCAGGCUGGGGUGAUGUCCUUGGAGCGGGGGGGGGGAGGGAAUCGUGGAGCCCAGGGAGCUGCCAUCAAUGGGAAACCUGGGAUUUCCUCUGGUCAGAAGCAAAGUAAGUGCACAGUUCUUAAGAAGCCCUCACCCAAAACAGGGCCCCCCCCUGAUAUUUGGGCCUGAGUAUCAACUGCAACCCUGACCCAGAAGUUUCCUGUCAACUGAGGCUCCUGGGAGCUACCAUUGACUAAUUAAUCCUUGGUAGAUGCUUCUCAAUAAAGCUUUAGUGCUUCCUUGAGAGCAACCUGACAACUAUUUGAAUUUGAAAAUUUCCUGUUAAAAUGUCCACAGUGUCUUUGAUAAUCUUCCUUCAAGAUGUAAAGCUGAGCUCCCUUCCCUCUGAGCGUGAGCUAGACUUAACAAGGACAAGGUGAACAAGGCAGAACUGAUGGUGUGACUUCUACUACUUGGUCACAAGAGGCCCUGUGGCUCCCUUCUUGCUCUCCAUGUCACGAGGACCCCCAAGCACUCUGUGGGAAAGGCCAUGUGACAGGAGAUCCGAGUCUCCUGUCAGUAGCCAGCAAGGAACUGAGGCCUCCAGCCAACAGCCAGGCUCACACCUCGGAAGCAAGUCCUCCAGCCCUAGUCAAGUCUUCCAGCAAGCAUAGCCCAGGCCGAGAUCCCAAACUGCAAUAUCCAGAAAUGAGAACUGCCCAGCGAAGCCACUUCCAAGUUCUCGACCCACAGAAACUGCGGGACAAUAAAUGAAUACAUGUUAUUGCUGCAAGCUGCCAGUUUGGGGGAUGAUUAGUUACAUAGCAAGAGAUAACAAAUAGAUUUCCUAAUUUAAAAAAAUAGGCUUUAUCAGAACACAGGAUAAUUCGGGUGUGUUUGUGGUGGGUGUUUAGGAGGCCUGACAAUAAUCACUAGCAGGUUGCUAGCCCAGAGCUGGCUGACCAACAUAAUAACGCACCCUGGCCCAGAGGGCAGCGGGAGGGGUCUGGGGAACCAGUGGGGCAGGGGAGUAGGCAACCAAGAGUCAGCGGGGGGACAGGUAGUGGAGUGCGUGUCAGCCAGGCUCCAAGGCCCCGGGGCAUCGAACAAAUUCAAAGUUAAGGCAAUUAUGAAUUUCAAGACAGCAACCACAGAGCAUUAAACCCCAAUCGCAGGGCCUUUCUGAGCGGGGAGCCCUUGCAGCUACACUGGUUGCAUGCCCUGAAGAUGGCGCUGGGUGAGCGGAAAAGCAAGGAGUGGGGCUGGAAUCUCACGGAAAAUAGGAGAAUUGGGUAUUUGUGAAUAGCCUUCACCUCUAUCACUCUUCUUUUGCCUAUUUUCUAGAAAGGCUUCUUUGGGAUUAUUCAAAUGGUCUGCAACUCGUUAAGCUUGUUUUCCUGGGGAGGGGGGGAAUGUUUUUGCAGGAAUUUCUAACUAACACCCUCUCGCGCGCGCGCGUGCGCGCGCGCGCGCUUUCUGUUGACCUGAAAUUGCCCGCCCUUGUCCAAAUAUCUUGCAAUUUCACACUCUUGCCACUAGGUGGCGAGAGCACUCAUUGAAUAGAGGAAUAAACAGGCUUCAAAAUCA